GGAACACCCACUGUGUGUCUAUUAACCACCAAAACAAUAUCAGUAGAACCCACUCUUCGCACAUGCUUACGGACCACCAACCCCCGCUCCCUUUCCACACCAAUUCAGCAGAGCAUGGCGGCACUGAGUUUCAAAUGGGAAAUAAGCUGAGAGGAGCUUAUUAUUCUUCUGCCUACCAAUAUUGGUCAUGAUAGCUACUCAACACAGGUAGAUUCGAUACCAGAAAUGACAAAGUGUGCAAGGUGUUGCUUGCGCAACUCAAUCAGGAUCGUCAACUUGAUGAUGCUCUUGUGUGGGACUGGAAUCAUCAUAUACUCACUUUGGCUGGAAAAGAAAUGGGAUCAAGGUAUUGCUAAGUUCCCUCAUAGGCAAUCUCCUCUAACACCAUGGUUUAUAUUCACAUUUUUAGGAGUGGGAAUUGUUGUCUGCUUAAGCACUGUUGGUGGUCAUAUUAUAGCUAAUUGCAUCAGCAAUUCUACUCUUUUUUUCUACAUUUUUGCCAUCUGCUGCCUUCUUUCCCUUGAGGCGACCAUGGUCGUCGCGAUUUUCUUCAAGAUGGACUGGGGAAAGAAAAUUUCUGCAUACACGGGCAAAAAAACCACAUACUUUGAGAAGUUUAUAUUGACCAAUGUAAAGAUAAGCCGUGCAAUCACGAUCUUGAUUUUGGUGGCUCAGAGCAGUGUCGUUAUACUUUCUGCCAUUCUUUGGGCAGUAGGUAGCGAGCCAAGAACUCACUUUCUUGAGGUGGAUACCUCGGUAUUUAUUCAAUCCUUUCUAGUGCCAGCAGAAUCACCUGGAUUUGCAGAGAGACCAGGACAUGCUUGCAGAGGAUUUGGGACUAGUUUACCUCUAGGAGGAGGAAAUGCACUCAGAAACUUUUUGUCAAGUAUUAAGAGCUUACUCAGACGGAGAUUUCAGAGAACAUACACUGUUUGUUAAUCUCCCUUCCACCCUCUUUCAGUUGAGCACAACAGAAGGUUUCGCAAGUUCUGUACAUUGUACUAAUGCUUAAGAUACAAUGUAUGGAGAAAUUUUGUAGGUUCAAUGAAAGCCUGGCAAGAAAAAUUGCGUAAAGAUGCUCCUAAAAUUGCUUCCAUGUCUCUCCAUAUAAAUUUGGACACCAACUUUAAAUAAUCUAGUACAAAGGUUCCCGUCACCAUAUUUUUCUA